AUGCAUUUAACUUCUUGCCUUGUCGCUCUUUCUAUCCUGCCUGCCCUGGUGGUGGGUCAAUUGUCAGGCUCUGUUGGGCCUCUAACUUCACAUGCAACCAAGACAGCAAAGAAAACUUGCAACGUCCUCAACUACGGCGCAGUAGCUGACAAAACUACCGACCUCGGACCCCCUCUCGCCUCCGCAUGGGCUGCCUGCAAGACAGGCGGCACCGUCGUCAUCCCAUCCGGCGACUAUGCCCUCUCGACGUGGGUAACAUUGAACGGUGGUUCAGCAUGGGCGUUGCAGCUCGACGGCAUCAUCUACCGCACCGGUACCGCAGGCGGCAACAUGAUCUUCAUCAGGAACACGGACGACUUCGAGCUUUUUAGCAGCACCUCUAAGGGCGCUAUACAGGGAUUUGGUUACGAGUUCCAUAAGGAUAAGCUUUAUGGGGCUCGCAUCUUGAGACUGUAUAAAAUCACGGACUUCUCGGUGCAUGAUGUUGCGCUCGUCGACGCACCAGCAUUCCAUUUCUCCUUAGAUACGUGUACGAAUGGGGAGGUGUACAAUAUGGCUAUUCGUGGAGGCAAUGAGGGCGGCCUUGACGGGAUCGAUGUGUGGAGCAACAAUAUCUGGAUACACGACGUCAUGGUAACCAACAAGGACGAGUGUGUGACCGUCAAGAGUCCCUCAAAGAAUAUCCUUAUCGAGAACAUCUACUGCAAUUGGAGUGGAGGUUGUGCAUUGGGCUCACUCGGCGCCGACACCGCCAUCUCCGACGUAACCUACAAGAACGUCUACACGUGGUCCAGCAACCAAAUGAUGAUGAUCAAAAGCAACGGCGGAAGUGGGAGUGUCUCAAACGUAGUCUUCGAAAACUUCAUCGGCCACGGCAACGCCUACUCGCUAGACAUUGAUCAAUACUGGGCUAGCAUGAGUGCUGUGGCUGGAGAUGGUGUCCAGCUUUCGGAUGUCACAUUCAAGAACUGGAAAGGGACUUGCGCGUCUGGCACUUCGCGAGGCCCCAUCAAAGUCAUCUGCGCCGACGGCGCCCCCUGCAGCGGCGUCACCAUCAGCGACUUCGCCAUGUGGACCGAGUCUGGGUCAAAGGAAUGGUACUCUUGCCGCAGCGCGUUCGGCUCCGGAGGCUGUCUGCGGUCCGGCUCUUCACACACUUCGUAUUCUGUCAGCACAACGACUUUGAGCGCGGCGCCGAGCGGGUACUCGGCUGCGUCGAUGAAGGAAAACCUGCAGACGGCGUUUGGGACUACGGCGAGCAUUCCGAUUCCUACCAUCCCGACGAGCUUCUAUCCGGGCGCGACGCCGUAUAGUAAGUUGGCGGGUGCUUGAGGUGAAAACAUGUUAUGAAUGCGGUACAGCCUGAUUCUUGUGCGUACUUCAUCUUGUUUUCUUAGGAUGAUUACUCUCAUUGACAGAGACUUCGCCAUCUGCACAAGAAUGGCCUUUGAGCAUGUCGUACUUACGAUGGCCUUCCUGACUUCCUUUCUUGUUUAUCUUUACUUCGCGUAAAUAUUUUAGUGUCGCUGAUAUAUCUUUUCGGUCCGAU